AUGUUGCUGAAAUUGUCAGUACUGGUGUGCAUAGCCGCCGUUGUUCCAGUCGUUGUUACCCAACGGGUCAACGUAACCAUAUUCAUGGAAUCGCAGUGUCCCUACUGUACCAGACUGAUACGUGAACAGAUUUGGCCAUUUCAUCACAAGCAUCCGGGAGUGAUGAACCUACAGAUUGUACCAUUUGGGAAAGGUGACUGUGAAUACUUCUCGAAUCGAACACUACAGUGUCAUUGUAUGCAUGGACCUCAUGAAUGUGAUCUAAAUCGUUUACAGAACUGUGCUAUGUCGUAUUUCCCAAAACGUCAUCUGGGUUUGGUUACCUGUAUCCAGGGACUGUCAUCGUUACAGGAAGCUUUUAUCAGGUGUUUGUCGCGUUUGACACCACGUACUCAACGUCGACUAAUUACAUGUUCCACCACGCAGGCUGGUGAACUUCUCAACUACUAUUCUAUGGUCAAUACACAUCGAGCCGGAAUUAAACUAUGGCCAACAAUGUAUGUAAAUGGACGAUUCUUUGAUCGAAGUUAUCCAGCUGAAUAUGAAAUCUGUAGGUAUACCAGUUGGUGCUGA